ACCAUGGAGGAAGUCAUGCUGACAUGUUCAAGCUCAGAUGAGCGUGGAGCCCAGAAGGUCAGGACUCAAAUGGACACCCUCCCUGACCUCCGCAACCAAAUCCUACAGCUGCUCGAGACCAGACUUAGUGAAACCUCCAUCAUGAUGUUGCAGGAAAAACUGCGGCUCAUGCAGAGGUGCUCGUACUACUUGGAAAUCCUGCGCGAGGAUUUGCUACCAACUGCAGACCAGAUGCAUCAAGUACAUUUGUCUGACCAGAUGCUGUGGUCUCUCAUUGACCAGCAGAGGUUGCAGAGUGCCAUGACCCUGGGUAACACCCAGGUAAAGCUCCUCCUCACUCUUCUGGGAAUGCUCUACCAUGAGAUCAUCAGGGGGUGUCAGGAGCUAGAGACCUUCAUCCUAAAGCACGACCAGGGUUUGGUGGACAGCAACAUGGCAGCUUCUAUGCAGCAGAAGCUCCAGCAAACCCACCAGUAUGUGAAGGACUUUGAGAGCAGAAUGACUCGGAAUCUUGGACCACUGGACUUGCAGAACCAGCUCAUCCUCAACACAGGCAACUUCCCCAUACCUCAGCUCACUGUAUCACUGACAGUCAAGAUGCCAGUGAUAAUUGACAGGCUUAAGUCAUGCGUGAAAUCCAACACUGUGCAUCUGUGUUGGGAUGUUGCAGGCCAGCAGGAGCCAGAUGAACAGUUUGAGAUCCACAUAAAAAGCCUUCAUCCAACCACUAAUGAACAUGGCGAGUUUACUAAAUCUAUAUGCCAGUCAUACAACAUACAGGUCACAGACCUGCAACCUGACAGGUACUAUCAGUUCUCUGUCAAGAGAGUAGAUGCUGUCAACUUGGUGUAUGGACAGUGGAUCGACACCAUCACCCUGAAGACCUUGUAUAUUUCCGAGUAAGAGCAAAUUGCCCCAUUUUAAACUUUUUUAAGAGAAUGAAGAGAAUUCACACCCUGUGUAUACUUACCAAGAGAAUAUAUUUGAACUGCUGUACUGCAAAUAAAAUAACUUGUAGGAUUUAUUGAACUGAAAACUGUUAAACGUGUGAUAAAAUAGUUGGCCAAAAUAGAACUCUUGGUGGAAAAUGAAGCUGAAAAAUUAAAAAUACACACACACAGAACAUACAAAUUAUUAGAUAAAACCUGGGCAAUUACAAAACAUUUCUAGAUUGACACAAUAGGUACUUUUGAUUCCUUCGAUGAUUUUGUUUUUGAUUAUUACCACCUGUUUGCUUUUUGUGAGUUAGGGGACCA